UUGUUCUCUUAAGAACAUAGUACAGAUUUGUUAGAAAUAGUAGUAUUUUUCCCCUCCCCAAACGCUACCUGUUCCUCCUUGCUUUGGACUGUCUGCACCUCUUGAAGAUUUUUACAGCCAUGCUGGACUGCAGUGACUGUCUUCUAGACUCAAGAAUGAAUAAUCCGUCAGAAACCAAUAAAUCAUCUAUGGAGAGUGAAGAUGCCAGCACAGGCACACAAACCAAUGGCCUGGACUUUCAGAAACAGCCCGUGCCUGUUGGAGGAGCGAUCUCCACAGCCCAGGCCCAGGCUUUCCUCGGACAUCUUCACCAGGUCCAGCUAGCUGGGACAAGUUUACAGGCUGCUGCUCAGUCUUUAAAUGUGCAGUCUAAAUCUAGUGAAGAGUCGGGAGAUUCGCAGCAGUCGAUCCAGCCUUCUUCCCAGCCGCCUUCAGUGCAGUCAGCCAUUCCCCAGACCCAGCUAAUGCUGGCUGGGGGACAGAUAACUGGGCUCACGUUGACCCCAGCCCAGCAACAGUUACUGCUACAGCAGGCGCAGGCCCAGGCCCAGCUCCUGGCUGCUGCAGUGCAACAACACUCUGCCAGCCAACAGCACAGUGCUGCUGGGGCCACCAUCUCAGCCUCCGCCGCCACACCCAUGACGCAGAUCCCUCUGUCUCAGCCCAUACAGAUUGCACAGGAUCUUCAACAAUUGCAACAGCUUCAGCAGCAAAAUCUCAACUUGCAACAGUUCGUGUUGGUGCACCCAACCACCAACCUGCAACCAGCACAGUUUAUCAUCUCACAGACCCCCCAGGGCCAGCAGGGUCUCCUGCAAGCGCAAAAUCUUCUAACGCAACUACCUCAGCAAAGCCAAGCCAACCUCCUACAGCCACAGCCAAGCAUCACCCUCACGUCCCAGCCUACCACCCCAACUCGCACAAUAGCAGCAGCCCCAAUUCAUACACUUCCACAGAGCCAGUCAACACCAAAGCGAAUUGACACUCCCAGCUUGGAGGAGCCCAGUGACCUUGAGGAGCUUGAGCAGUUUGCCAAGACUUUCAAACAAAGACGAAUCAAACUUGGAUUCACUCAGGGUGAUGUUGGGCUCGCUAUGGGGAAAUUAUAUGGAAAUGACUUCAGCCAAACAACCAUCUCUCGCUUUGAAGCCUUGAACCUCAGCUUUAAGAACAUGUGCAAGUUAAAGCCCCUUUUAGAGAAGUGGCUAAACGAUGCAGAGAACCUCUCAUCUGAUUCUACAGCAUCUAGCCCAAGUGCUUUGAAUUCUCCAGGAUUGGGGGCUGAGGGCUUGAAUCGUAGGAGGAAAAAACGCACCAGCAUAGAGACCAACAUCCGUGUGGCCUUAGAGAAGAGUUUCAUGGAGAAUCAAAAGCCUACCUCGGAAGAUAUCACCUUGAUUGCUGAACAGCUCAAUAUGGAAAAGGAGGUGAUUCGUGUUUGGUUUUGUAACCGCCGCCAGAAGGAGAAAAGAAUCAACCCACCCAGCAGUGGUGGGACCAGCAGCUCACCUAUCAAAGCAAUUUUCCCCAGCCCAGCCUCACUGGUGGCAACCACUCCAAGCCUUGUGACAAGCAGUACGGCAACUACCCUCACAGUCAACCCUGUCCUCCCUUUAACCAGUGCUGCUGUGACUAAUCUCUCUCUCCCAGAUCAAGAUCUUAGAAGAGGAUGCAGCUGGGAAGUGCUUAGGAGUCUACCAGACAGAGUCCCCACCACAGCAGGCACUACAGACUCCACGUCCAACAACACGGCCACCGUGAUCUCCACAGCACCCCCUGCUUCCUCAGCAGUCACAUCCCCUUCCUUGAGUCCCUCUCCUUCUGCCUCAGCCUCCACCUCUGAGGCCUCCAGUGCCAGUGAGACCAGCACAACACAGACCACCUCCACGCCUCUACCCUCCCCUCUUGGAGCCAGCCAAGUGAUGGUGACAGCACCCGGCUUACAGACAGCAGCUGCUGCUCUCCAAGGAGCAGCACAGUUGCCAGCAAAUGCCAGUCUUGCUGCUAUGGCUGCUGCUGCAGGACUCAGCCCAGGCCUCAUGGCGCCCUCACAGUUUGCUGCUGGAGGUGCCUUACUCAGUCUCAGUCCGGGGACCCUGGGCGGUGCUCUCAGCCCAGCCCUAAUGAGCAACAGUACACUGGCAACGAUUCAAGCUCUUGCUUCUAGUGGCUCCCUUCCAAUAACGUCUCUGGAUGCAACUGGGAACCUGGUAUUUGCCAAUGCAGGAGGAGCCCCAAACAUCGUGACUGCACCUCUUUUCCUGAACCCUCAGAACCUCUCUCUGCUCACCAGCAACCCAGUAAGCUUGGUUUCCGCCGCUGCAGCCUCCACGGGGAACUCUGCACCUACAGCCAGCCUUCAUGCCUCCUCCACCUCAACUGAGUCUAUCCAGAACUCUCUGUUCACAGUCGCCUCUGCCAGUGGGCCUGCUUCCACCACCACAGCUGCCUCCAAGGCACAGUGAGCUGGGCAUAGAGCUGGGUUGCCACAGGUUUUCCUCACUGCAGGGUGAUAGGCUGGCUACCAGCUGCUUUAGAAAAUGACACCUGUCAUUGGCUUCCUCCCACCGUGUUGUGUGUGAGGAGGAAGAAGACAUGGAGAGAAGAAAAAAUUACACAUACCAGAAAAAAGAAAGAAUGGAGACAGGACAGCAUUUGCCUAAUUUUAUAAUAAAACAAUGUCUUUCAGGAUUGCUUCAUGGAUUGGAGAACUUUCUAACCAAAAAUUUUAAAGGAAAAAAAAAAAAAAAAAGAAACAAAAACAGACAGACAAAACUAAGUGAAAGGCCUGCUUACCAUGUCCAGCAGUCAUGACGACAAGCUAAGGUGGGUCACCAGUUCAGGAGAGGAAGAGAGGAAGGGGUUUUUUUCUUUUUCUUUU